AGUUCUACGAACGAAGAACAUGGAAUGACCGAUGUGGCUCACAAGCGUCAGAGACGAAUGAAACAAAUGCUAAUGCUCAACGACGCCAUCGUGCAGAAAAAACUGAAGAACAAUGUAAUAGUAGACGUAAAAGGGAUGCUACUGCUCAUCACCAAUGUCGACUUAAAUCUCGAUUUCUUAAUUUAGUCUACAAUUUCUCUGAAAAUACAAAUAAUGAUAACUAUUCUAUUCUCCAUAAGAUCCACUCUAACAAUUAUUCUCAUUGUAGUUACUGUAAUGUGCUCAAGUUUCCUAAUAAGAGUCCAGGAAUGUGUUGCAGAAACGGUAAGGUAAUUUUAGCAGAACGACAUAUCCCUCCAUCACUUCAACGGCUCUUUUAUGAACAGGACGACAUUUCGAAACAUUUUCAUGAUAAUAUUCGCAUUUAUAAUUUUGCAUUUGUGUUUGCUUCCAUUGGCAUAUGUUUUGAUCAUAAAUUGGCUAAUGCUAGGGCUGAAGUGUACACAUUUUGUGUUCAAGAUUCUUUCUAUCACUGUAUCGAAUCAUUGCUUCCAAACCUUAACUCAGAACCCCACUACCUCCAGAUAUAUAUUUGGGACACUAAACACGAAUUACACCAUCAAAUGAAUGCCAUUCCGAAUUCCCAGCUUAACCAUGCUAUUGUUCAUGAAUUGAAAACCAUGCUUAACAAGUUAAAUCCUUAUGUUUCUCAUCUUCGUUAUAUCUUAGAGCUGCCUAAGAAAAAUAUUGCUAAUCUAUAA